AUGUUUGCAAAAGUUAUUUUGAGUCAGUACAUUUCCCCAAUUAACUUAACUACUCUCCUUCCCUUUCAAGUAAGAGAAAGGGGGAAAAAAGGAUUUAUACUCACAUACCGCUUAAAUCUAAUUCCUUUAACCACACUAAUAUUUCUCCCUCCCCACCUUCUUCAAAUGCCAUACUUUCCUAAAAUAAAUAUAAGCCCAGGAAAAAAUCUAGGUGUGGAGCCAGGAGAAUGGCAGGAGAACAGAUGUAAGUCUGUAACCUUAUCUGAGCAGCUUCGUCCAAGCUGCUUGACCCCAAGCGAAGGCCAGAGCACAGGUCUCAGUGAACUGCCUGUUUUUGUUUGUUUUGUUUGA